AUGUUGAACGCUGUACUGCUCGCUGUUGCUGCUGCUCCCGUGAUGGGCAAGAACUUUGCCGUCACGGUCGGGGCUAACAACGACUUUAUCUUCCUCCCUAACCAAAUCUCUGGGGCUAGGGCUGGGGACACUAUCACCUUCACUUUUGUGUCGCGGAACCAUUCCGCCACUACAACCACAUUCGUGAACCCAUGCCCACCGCCACCUGGUGGUGUCGGGCCUGACCAAUUUGACACAGGCUUCAACCCAACCACUGCGACAGACCACCCCGUCCAAGUGAUCACUCUCCGAGACAGCGGCACCCACUUUGUCGCUUGCAUGCAAGCAGCAGGAGCACAUUGUCACAUGGGAAUGACCUUUGCGGUUAAUCCGACGGCUGACCAGACCUAUGAUGAGUUUUCGCAGAAUGCGCUUAAUGAUCCGAUUCAGACGUUUUGA